AAUCUAUUUAAGUCACGGAGGAGAGGAGAGAGGAGAACCCAAUGCCCAGGCAAGCACAUCACAAAGCAGAGGUUAGGAGAAGAACCACACAAGAGAGACCAGGAGCGGAGAAGGGGAAUGGCGAAAUUGCUCCAAUAAAUGGCGAAAUCUGUUUCUUGAACUGCGAUCUGAACUCUUGAUAUGGUUCAUCCUAGGUUUCUUGUUGCUUGCUCAGGCUCCAGAUUGUGCUUCAUCUCGAAUUGUUGCAGUAACUACAGGAAUAUGAUUGGUGGUGGGGUGAUGGCAUCUUUACUGCUGACAGGUUUUAAUCACAAACCGCAGUGCAGUUGAAACCUUUGCAUUUUAGCAGAGUCGAGUAGAUUAUUAUUAGAACAAUUGCUACAGUUUUGGAGAUUAAAAGUAAGGGAGUUUCUGAUCCAAGUAAACACAUUUUGGGAGCACGGGCAAGUUUGUUUAUCCUUUUGUUGAAGGGAGUCAAGGGACAUUGCGAUGGGCUUGCCUCAAGUUCCUGCGGUCAAGGAGGAGGUGCCUCCUACACUGAAUUCAUGUGUACUUAGUCCUCCUUGCUUUGGUGGUAGUGGCACCGGUAAUUUGGGUAAGCUUUCCACAGGAAGUUCAGAUAGCCGGGCAAUCCCAUACCCAUCCAUUAGUGAUCUCAAGAGAAAAGCUGCGUUAGAUACUUUCAAUAGAUUUGAUGAACAUUUCGGAGCCAUCCACGCUCCAGAUGGGCCUGCAGGCUUCCAAGGGCUGAAACCUGAUUCGAGGGAUCCAAGUUCUAGAUCAUGCCCUAAACUGGGAUCUUCUGUUAAGAUGCCUGCUGUGAGGGUUAUUGGGUUUGAAUCAAGUUUUGCUGGUUCCACCGGAGAUUCCGAUACAAUGGUAGCAGACAAAAUGCACUCAUCUUUAGUCAUUGAUAUUUCUCAUUCACCGGUUGAACAACAUGGGCUUCAGGCAAGGAAAAGGGUGUUAUCACCUUUAACUAAUGUGCUCCCUGGAAAGCUCCAUGGUGAUGUGCUAAGUAUUGGUUCUGAUGAUGCCAAAAUUCAGCAUUCUGAUUGUGUUAAGCAACUUUAUACUUCUGGAUUUCAAGAUUGUAAAAAAGCCCACACUGCAACCCUUGAUUCGGUUGGUUCACCUACUUGGCCAGCCUUGAGCUACUCCAGUUGGAGCAAAGGGCAGGCUGUCGAUAAGUUUAGCAGUAAUAUAUUCACAGAUGGUCCUUUGCUUGAGAGGAGGAAGUCAUAUUCUUGUUCAGAUCACCUAGAGGCUGAAAGGGCUAUGAAUCUUGGCAAGGUUGCUGUACCACUAGCAAAAUUAGCACAUUCUCCUCCACUCACCUUGUCUCCUCUUGGCCCAAAAUGGAUGCAGAGAGCGAAUAAUUCAGGAGCUCACAGGGAUUUAAUGAGAGAAACUGAAAAUGAUUUUCUGGGCAUGAAAGAAACAGAAAGAUCGGUAGGUGAAGAUUAUUCAAAACAAGGUGAUAGAAUUAGGGUAAGGGAUGCAACAGGAAAAACUACUAUCUUACAUAUUGACUUUGAUAAGAUGGCCCCUAAGAGUUCUUCAGACAGAAGAUUUCAAAACUGGGUCCCAGAAUCACCCCCUGUAUCUCCACACGUUGGAUGUGCUCGGGGUGUAAGCCUCUUUCCUGUCAGAAGGUCACUAGUUGGCUCCUUUGAGGAGUCCCUUUUAUCUGGCCGCUAUUCAUGUGGAAAAGAUAAUCAGAAUAUUAAUGGUUUCCUGGCUGUCCUGAAUGUGACGGGUGGUACUUUCUCUCCCCCAACUCAGAAGCUUCCAUUUGCAGUAACGAGCAUCGAUGAGGAUAGCUCCUUACUGUACUAUUCGUCGAUUGAUCUUGCGGGGCGGUUGCCUACUAACAAUAGCAAAAGCCCAAAACACAAAAGAAGCUCCAACAAUAAUGAUUCAAGAUCAGCGAAAAGUCGCUUACACAUCCCAGUUAAAGGGCGCAUACAGCUGGUAGUCAGUAACCCAGAGAAAACACCGCUGCACACCUUCUUCUGCAACUAUGAUUUGAGUUGCAUGCCUGCUGGAACCAAGACUUUCGUGCGGCAAAAGGUCACUCUAUCAUCUGUUCCAAUCUCUAAUCCAAUGAAAGAAGGAAGCUACACCAGUCACACAAAGGUCGAGUCAGUUCAAUAUGGAAGUGAACUUAGAGAAUGCGGCGAUCUGUUUUCUGAAUGCUGUGAACAGGGGCAGGACUGCUACUCAACCGAUGAACCAGGAAAGGGAGGUUACACAAACACCACAUGUUGCUCAAUGGAUUGUGACAUUAGAGAAUCAAAUGAUUCAAAUCCUAUUCGGAAUUCAGAAAAUUGCUCUAAUGCUAAUGGAUGCAACUGUCAAAUAGACACAUUGCACUUGGGUGAAAAGAAGUCUUGCUGCAGAUCCUCCAAGGUCAAUGAUAGUUCAGCUGGAGGCGUUCUUCGUUAUGCUUUGCACCUGCGCUUUCUGAGCCCCUUCUCCAAGAAAUCAUCAAGAUCAAUGCAGCGGAGCAAAGCUGGCCUGUCAUCAGAACCACUGAAUCGGAAUACUGUUACCGAAGAAGAGAGGCGAUUCUAUCUCUACAAUGAUGUUAGAGUUGUCUUCCCACAAAGGCACUCAGAUUCAGAUGAAGGAGAGCUGCGGGUCGAGCAUGACUUCCCUGCUGAUCCCAAGUACUUCGACAUAGGCAACUGAUGCUUGCACAUUAACAUGAAAUCUGUACAUCCCCACUAACUUGUUAAUUUGCUAGUCUCCUGUUUAUUACCAUUUCCCCAUAUGCACAGGAUUAAUUUCAAUGAAAUAUCUCAUUUCGGUCAAUUUUGUGUUUUGUCUAGAAAGUAAUGGUUUUUUCUUUAGAGCAUGGUGAACAAUGUUCUUCAUGCA